AUGUCCGUCGCAGCCGAAUUCGAAGCUGCUAACGCUAAAUAUGCAUCCACUUUUACUAAAGGGGAUCUGGCACUGCCACCGCAGAGAAAGGUUGCUAUAGUGGCUUGCAUGGAUGCGCGCCUUGACACUGCCCGAGCCCUCGGCCUGGAAGAGGGCGAUUCCCAUGUUAUUCGCAAUGCAGGCGGUCGAGCCAGCGAUGCACUUCGUAGCAUCGUAAUCUCUCAGCAACUCCUCGGUACUCGAGAGAUUGUUAUCGUGCAUCAUACUGAUUGCGGUAUGCUCACCUUCACCGAUGAGGUGAUCCGGGGCAAAAUUCGGUCGGAGCUCAAGCAGGAUGCGGAUCAUAUUGCGUUCUUGCCUUUUGGCGAUUUGGAGCAGAGUGUGCUUGACGAUAUUCGGGUUCUUAAGGAGAGUCCUCUUGUGCUGGACGUGCCGAUCACGGGCUAUAUAUACGAAGUUGAGUCGGGGAAGAUUGUUAAGGUUGGUAGUAGUCAGUGA